AUGAAUGACAAAAUCACUUCAAAAGAAUUGCGACAACAAUUUUUUGAUUUUUUCAAAUCAAAGGGACAUGUUUACGUGCAUUCUUCUUCUACAAUCCCUCAUAAUGAUCCCACAUUACUGUUUGCAAAUGCUGGGAUGAAUCAAUACAAACCUAUCUUUCAAGGUACUGUGGACCCAAACAGCGAGCUCGGUCAGCUUAAAAGGGCCUACAAUUCCCAAAAGUGUAUCAGGGCCGGUGGAAAACAUAAUGAUCUUGAUGAUGUCGGACGUGAUGUUUAUCACCAUACAUUUUUUGAAAUGCUUGGGAAUUGGUCGUUUGGGGACUACUUCAAAAAAGAAGCUUGUGAGUGGGCUUGGGAAUUGUUGACGAAAGUUUGGAAAAUACCAGCUGAUCGUUUGUAUGUUACAUAUUUUGGUGGUAAUAGUUCAAUUAAUCUGCCCGCAGACGAAGAAGCGCGUGACAUUUGGAUCUCAAUUGGUUUACCUAAGGAUCAUGUGCUUCCAUUCGGCAUGAAAGAGAACUUUUGGGAGAUGGGUGAAACAGGUCCUUGUGGUCCCUGCUCUGAAAUACACUACGAUCGUAUAGGAAAUCGUAAUGCUGCUCAUUUGGUUAAUCAAGAUGAUCCAGAUGUGCUGGAAAUAUGGAACCUUGUGUUUAUACAAUUUAACCGAGAAGAAGGUGGGUCUUUAAGAACUCUACCUGCAAAACACAUUGAUACGGGUAUGGGGUUUGAACGCGUCUUAUCAGUCCUUCAGAACAAACGAUCUAAUUAUGAUACAGACUUAUUCGUACCUUUAUUCAAGGCAAUUGAAGCUGGCACUAAUACAAGACCCUAUACUGGCAAAGUCGGAGUUGAGGAUACUGAUAGAAUUGAUAUGGCUUAUCGUGUAUUAGCUGAUCAUGCUCGAGUUCUGACCAUUUCUCUAGGUGAUGGUGGACGUGCCCAGAACACUGGUCGAGGAUAUGUGAUUCGUCGUAUUUUAAGACGUGCUGUUAGAUUUGCUGUCGAGGUAUUAAAUGCGAAACCUGGAUUUCUUGCUACUUUGGUUGAUGUCGUGAUUGAGACGUUGGGAGAUGCUUUCCCGGAAGUAACCCGAGAUCCGGAUACCAUAAAAGAACUUAUUAAUGAAGAAGAAGAACAGUUUUUAGUUACUUUAAAACGUGGUCAACGUCUCCUUAACCGUGUAAUUAAUGAUUUAAAGGUAUCAGGGACUAACAAUACCAUUUUGUCCGGUGAAGUUGCAUGGCGUUUGUAUGAUACUUAUGGUUUCCCUUUGGAUCUAACACAAAUACUAGCUGAAGAACAUCAUUUAAAGAUUGAUUUAGAAGGUUAUGAAAAAGCUAAAGAGGAAGCUCAAACCCGUAGUCAAAGUGGGAAAUGUGCAGGUGGUUCAGUUGUGGAUCUUGAUGUACAUGCAUUGGGUGAAUUAAAAAGUAAAAAUGUAUCGAUUACAGAUGACUCGGAGAAAUUUGUCUAUUCAUUAGAUGCUGGAGGAAAUUAUGUUUUCCCAGAUUCUGAAGCUACAGUGUUAGCUAUUCGUUAUGAGAAUAACUUUGUCGAAAGUAUUGAUUUGAGUGGUCAAAUGUGUGGAAUUAUUUUAAACAAAACUCUGUUUUAUGCAGAGUCUGGAGGACAACUAUAUGAUCAUGGCUUUAUAACAAGUUUAACAGAUGAGAUGACUGAAUUUAGCAUUGUUGAUGUACGAUGCCGUGGUGGUUAUAUCUUGCAUAUUGGAACUUUACAAGGCAAAUUAAUGAUUGGCAGUAAAGUACGCCUUUCAUUAGAUACUGUACGACGUACAGCUUUAAUGCGUAAUCAUACUGGAACACAUGUAUUGAAUUUUGCUCUUCGUGAACUUGUGGAUGAAUCCGAUCAAAAGGGUAGUUUAGUUGCACCAGAUCGUCUACGAUUUGAUUUUACUGCUAAGCGGGGUAUGAGUCGUGAUGAAUUAGCAAAAGCUGAAGAAAUCUGUGACACGAUGAUAAACAAACAUUUAAAUGUUUAUUCAGCUGAUGUCUCAUUGCCAUAUGCUAAAACAAUUCAAGGAGCUCGUGCAGUGUUUGGUGAAGCAUAUCCUGAUCCUGUUCGAGUUGUUUCUAUUGGAGUUCCUGUGACAAGUUUAGUGGCUUAUCCAGAUAAACAAUAUGGAAAAACUACCUCAGUGGAAUUCUGUGGUGGAACUCAUGUUCUGAAUACUAAACAUAUUGGCGUUUUGGUGAUUGUUAGUGAAGAGGCUAUAGCUAAAGGCAUUCGACGUAUUGUGGCUGUUACUGGUCAUGAAGCUGAACGUGCACAAAAACAAGCUUUACGACUUGAUAAUGAAGUGAAUGAAUUAAUUAAAUCUGUCAAUAAAUUAAUUGCUCAUGAUCAAACAACUACUAAUACAACUGAUUAUUUCAAUGUAACUCGUCAAAUGUCCAAUUUAUCCGAAGAUAUUUCACAUGCUGUCAUAAGUCAACAUCAUCGAGAGAAUUUACGUGAAAAAUUGUCUGAAGCGAAAAAACUGUUAGAUGCACGUAAUAAAGCAUCGAAAACGGCAAUUACUUCUAAGAUUUUAGAAGAGGCUCGACUUUUGGGUGAAUCGCUUGUUAACUCUCCUAAUAAUUAUAUCAUUCAUGUGUUCGAUGCUCUUUCGAAUACAAAAAUUAUGAAUUCUGCUAUAAAAGAAUUAGAACGAAUAUGUCCAAAUAAAGCUGUAAUGGUAUUUUCGUCAGAUUCUGUUUCGAACAAAUUGACUGUGCUUUGUCAAGUGCCAAAAGAACUUGUCUCGCGUGGUUUAAAAGCCAAUGAAUGGGUUACGCAUAUUAGUAAAACAAUGGAUGGAAAAGGAGGCGGUAAAGAAACUUCAGCUCAAGCUGUCGGUAGUCGAAUUGAUAUGUUAGACGAAGUCAUUCGUCUAGCUGAUCUAUUUGCUAGUACAAAGUUAACAAACAGCUAACACUGUUUCCAUUGUAGUUAUUAUAAUAUGUAUGUAUGCACAUUUACAUUUAUAAAAUUUUGGAAUAUUAAUGAAUGCUUAUGUAAUAAUGGGAAACAAAAAAAGAACGUAUUUUUAUGAGGAAAUGUACAGUUUGAUCAGUGGCAUAGUAAACUAGCACGAACAGUUUUUUUUUAAAAUCAUAAUGCAGCCUGUUAAGUUCAUUUUUUCAAACUGACCGAAUGUAAUUGACAGAAUAAUAGUAAUAACUCAGGGAAUUUUUAAAUUUGUUUUUUUUAUUGACGGUAUUAUUGUAAAUGAG